GAAAGAGAGAGCUGGUACACUUGAGCCCAGCGUGGUGUCUAUGAAGAGUGAUUGGUCAAUGGGAUUGCCAAUCAACUUUCAACAGGAAAGGAAAGAAGGGGACCAACAUGGCAUGUCCAGUUCUUCAGUGGAGCAGAUAGAACCUGAACUCCAGCCACUAAGAACAGAAUAUCCAGCAGUUGAUGUUAGAGUGAUGGAGGACGAAAAGCAUCAGAGCAGUAACAUAGAACUGGACCCUGUGUGCCAGCAAAGUUUCAAAAGUGAAUUGCAGAAGAAAUUUGGGGCAAUUAUUGAGGGAAUUGCAGUGUGUGGAAACCUCAGAUCUCUGAAUGAGAUUUACACAGAACCCCUCAUUACAUCUUGUGGCAGUGGACUUAUUAGUCAGAAACAUGAGUUCAGACAUAUUGAAAGGAAGUUUUUAAGGCAAAACAAAACAACAGAGGAGUCCAUCAAUUGUAAUGAGAUAUUUAAACCCAUACCCGGUGAUGAGAAACCCAUCAGAACCGUACUAACAGAAGGCAUUGCUGGAAUUGGGAAAUCAGUGUCUGUGCAGAAGUUUGUUCUUGACUGGGCUGAAGGUAAAGCAAAUCAAGAUCUGGACCUCAUUUUUCCCCUAAACUUUAGAAUGUUAAAUUUUAAGAAGGAAGAAUCUCUCAGCUUGUUGGAGCUUGUCCAUUUUUUUUUCCCAAAAGUCAAAGAACUUAAAAUGGAGUUUCAUCACUAUAGAAUCUUGUUCAUCUUUGAUGGACUGGAUGAGUCUCGUUUCUCUCUCGAUUUCCAAAACAGCAAAAUGUUGACAGAUCUAACGGAGUCAGCUUCAGUAGACGUACUGUUAACAAAUCUUAUUAAGGGAAAUCUGCUUCCAUCUGCAUUCCUCUGGAUAACAUCUCGACCUGCAGCAUCCAGUCAGAUUCCACCUGUUUAUAUUAACAGAGUAACAGAGAUACGAGGGUUUAAUGACCCUCAGAAAGACGAGUACUUCAGAAAAAGAAUCAGUGAUCAAACCCUGGCUAAUAAAAUCAUUACAUACCUGAAGUCAUCACGAAGUCUUUACAUUAUGUGCCACAUGCCAGUCUACUGUUGGAUUACAGCGAAUGUUGUCGAGGAAAUGUUCAGUGAAGCAGGAACUGGAGACGUCCCCAAGACCCUCACUCAAAUGUUCACACAUUUCCUGAUGUUACAGCUCAAACGUGGAUCCCAAAAGUACCAAAGACAUGAAAUGAACCCUGGACAGAUUGCAGACAUUGUACUAAAACUGGGAAAGCUGGCAUUCCAACAGCUGGAGAAGGGAAACCUGAUCUUCUAUGAGGAGGACAUCACUGAGUGUGGCAUUGAUGUCAGAGAGGCCACAGUGUACUCAGGAGUUUGCACUCAGAUCUUUAUUGAGGAAGUCACUUCACAUCUGGGGAAGGUGUACAGCUUUGUGCAUCUGAGUGUUCAGGAGUAUCUUGCUGCAGUGUAUGUAUUUAUUGCACAUAUCAAUGAAAAUUUAGCGAAAACACAAACCCCCAAAAUCUUCGGCCUCUCCAGCAGGGCAACACUGUUAGACCUUCUAAAGACAGCAGUUGAUAGGAGCUUACAGAGUAAGAAUGGACACCUGGACCUUUUCCUCCGCUUCCUUAUGGGUCUCUCACUAGAGUCCAAUUCAGUUCUCUUACAAGACCUACUGACAGAGACAGGACACAGAUAUCUGAGGGAAGUGGCUGCUGCCUCAAACAAGGAAAUAACAACAUACAUCAAGGAGCAGAUAGAAAAGAAUGAAGGAAUAUGCAAAUCCAUCAAUAUGUUCCAUUGUCUGGAUGAACUGAACGAUCAGUCUCUAGUACAGGAAGUUCAAGUCUUUUUGAGUAAAACAGAAAAUAAUCGCCUCGGUGGAGCCGGACUUACUGCAGCUCAAUGGUCAGCUGUGAGUUUCAUGUUAAUGAACUCAGAAGAGGAGCUGAAAGAGUUUAAUCUACAGAAAUAUGCAGCAUCAGAUGAGGGAUUCAAGAAUCUGUGUCCAGUAGUCUCAGUGUCCAGAAAGGCUGUGCUGUGUGGUUGUAAUCUCACAAAGGAAAGUGGUGAAAUACUGACAAAACUUCUAAGUUCAUGUUUUCGAUGUCUGAGAGAGCUGGACCUGAGUGAUAAUAAACUUCAGGAUUCAGGAGUCAAAGAUCUUUCUACUGGAUUGAAGAGUCCUCACUGUAAACUCGAGAUCCUUAGGUUGCGUAACUGCAGCAUUACAGAAGAAGGCUGUGUCGCUCUUGCUGAAGCUCUGAGGACAAAGUCACACCUGAGAGAGCUCGAUCUGCGCGGUAAUGAUUUAGGAGAACAGGGAGUGAAGCUGCUCUCUGAAAUAAAGGAGGAUGAAAAGUACACACUGGAGACGUUGGAAAUCUGAAUCUCCAGGCCUGUAAGGGAAUUAUGCUUGAGAUUGAGGUGACGAACUGAUGGCCGGACAUUGUCAUUCUAGAUUUUCUGGUACAACGUAGAAUUCAUGGUUCCAUUAAAUAUGGCAAAUGCUGUGUUGUCUACUACUAAAACAUCUGUUUCACUGUCUUCACUCGCAAUAAAAAUGUUUUUUUACAGCACAUUUGCUAAACAUGUGUUCAGAAAUUGAAGAACUUCAAUUCAAUUUUAUUUAUAUAGCAAUUUUAACAAUGGUCAUUGUCUCAAAGCAGCUUCACAAUAUGAAAAGAACAUUUAUGGAAGUGUGUAUGAGUAAGAAUAAAUGUGUUUAAAUAAUAAUGAGAUUGUCCCUGAUGAACAAGCCAAGGGUGUCAUCGACAGUGGGAAGGAAAAACUCCCUGAGAUAGCAAUGGGAAGAAACCUUGAGAGAAAACAGACUCAACAGGGAACCCAUCCUCAUUUGGGUGAACUCCUGAAUAUGCUGAAUAAACUAUAUAAACUAUUUGUGGAAGAAGUUAUUAACAGUCAUCAGUAUACAGCUCUGGAUAGAUGAUCAGUAAGAGCAUGAUGUAUUUUGUUGUAGGUGUAUUUGUUAUUAGUUAAGAGUUUAUACUAGUAGUGAGACUGUUCAGUCUAGCAGUUAAUGAAUAAAGAGCCGCGCUAUUA